CUAGAAGAAUAAAGAGAAGUUGGAUUGAUGAGAACUAUAAGAAGGCGUACAACAGUUUGGAAUGGAUUGAUUUAUGAUACAUCUGAUACAUGAGAGCUACAUUUUGUGUCGCUGUUGUCCAGCUGCUGCUGGAGUACUUCAGCUGAUUUCAUUGCAGCAAGCCCAACAGAUAGUCCUCAUCACUAACAGAACAUAAAGUGUGAUGCUGAAAUGAGAUGAGGCUCCGAAAUGGAACUGUGGCCACCGUGUUAGUUUUCAUCACUACUUUCCUCAGUUUGUCCUGGUAUACUGCAUGGCAAAAUGGGAAAGAAAAGCUGCUUGCCUACCAGCGGGAGUUCCACGCCUUGAAGGAGCGCCUGCGCAUCGCCGAGCACCGCACGCUGCAGCGCUCGUCCGAGCUCAACGCCAUCCUGGAGCAGUUCCGCAGGGCCGUGGCGGAAACCAACGGCAGCAAGAAUGCCAUGAACAAUUUUUCAGAUGAGACGCUGAAAUUGUUAAAAGAGCUAACAAGUAGAAAAUCUCUUCAAGUGCCAAAUAUCUAUUACCAUUUGCCUCAUUUGUUGAAAAAUGAAGGAAGCCUUCAACCUUCUGUGCAGGUUGGCCUUGGAAGGACAGGAGUUUCCAUUGUAAUGGGAAUACCUACAGUGAAAAGAAAAGUCAAGUCUUACCUUACAGAAACGCUCCACUCCCUUAUUGAUAAGCUGUCCCCUGAAGAAAAACUGGAUUGUGUUAUGGUUGUCUUUAUAGGAGAGACUGAUCUUGAUUAUGUUAACAGUGUUGUUGCAAGCCUGGAAAGAGAGUUUUCUACAGAAAUCAAUUCUGGCUUGGUGGAAGUAAUAGCCCCUCCUGCAACAUACUAUCCUGACUUGUCAAACUUGAAAGAAACAUUUGGAGACUCAAAAGAGAGAGUGAGAUGGCGAACAAAACAAAACUUGGAUUAUUGUUUUCUUAUGAUGUAUGCCCAGAAAAAGGGGGUUUAUUACAUUCAGCUUGAAGAUGACAUUGUUGUCAAGCAGAAUUAUUUCAGCACAAUAAAAAAUUUUGCGCUUCAGCUUGCUUCUGAAGAUUGGAUGAUUCUAGAGUUUUCUCAGCUGGGUUUCAUUGGUAAAAUGUUCCAGUCUCCAGAUAUCACUCUUAUUGUAGAGUUCAUAUUUAUGUUUUAUAAGGAGAAACCUAUUGAUUGGCUCCUGGACCAUAUCCUCUGGGUGAAAGUGUGUAACCCUGAGAAAGAUGCUAAACAUUGUGAUCGACAGAAAUCAAACCUACGGAUACGCUUCAGGCCUUCUCUUUUCCAGCAUGUUGGCCUCCACUCUUCUUUAGCAGGGAAGAUCCAGAAACUCACAGAUAAAGACUUCCUGAAACCAUUACUGCAUAAAAUCCACGUGAAUCCACCUGCAGAGGUUUCAACAUCCUUAAAAGUCUACCAGGGGCACACGCUAGAAAAAACCUACGUAGGGGAAGAUUUUUUCUGGGCUGUCACACCAGUUGCUGGAGAUUAUAUUCUCUUUAAAUUUGACAAGCCAGUCAAUGUAGAAAGGUACUUGUUUCACAGUGGCAAUCCAGAGCAUCCAGGAGACAUACUUCUAAAUACGACUGUAGAAGUUUUGCCUUUUCAGAGUGAAGAACUGGUAUUAAGCAAAGAAACCAAAGACAAACGCUUAGAGGAUGGUUACUUCAGGAUAGGGAAGUUUGAAAACGGUGUAGCUGAAGGAACAGUUGACCCCAGCUUAAAUCCUAUUUCAUCAUUCCGGCUUUCAGUGAUACAAAAUUCGGCUGUUUGGGCAAUUCUGAAUGAGAAACUGAUGCUCCACACUGAUAACGUUCUUCUGAGGCCCACGUUGUCCUCCACUGUAAUGUGACUUUGCCAUCUUAUGGUUGCAGA